AUGGAGGACACCGUCGAGGCCAUUGUGAACCAGCAGCGCGAGACGGAGCGAGCCGUCUUGGGCGGACAAAAAGUGCACAUCCGCGUGCAGCAGCGCAAGGGCAAGAAGUUCGUGACGACAGUUCAGGGACUCAACCAGAAGCUUAACUUCCGCCGCAUCAACCGCGAGUUCCAGCGCCGCUGGGGUUGCAACGGGACUGUGAUCAGCACUCCUGACGCGGGAACCGUCAUCCAGCUGCAGGGCAACUGGAGCGAGAACAUUAAGCAGUUCCUCUUAGACGAGCACAUGGCGACAGAGAACAACCUCGAGAUUCACUCUCUUUAA